ACCUGAGAGUAGGCUGCUAUUAAAUGUAUUAUAAAUAUUUUCACAUUGUUCAUUGUGUAUUUUCCUGAGAGCAAUGUAUACAUGGUAAAUGGACUGUACUUAUAAAACAGAACACAAACUAAUUCGUUUUUCCCCAAUAUUCCUGCCAACAGUUACACUAUUUAUAUUACUUUUCUGCUACUACCCACAAAGUUGAUAAUUGUACACCUUCUCCCCAAAUUCCAGACUUUUUUCAGACCAGCUUGGUUUAUUAAAAUCAAAGAAAUUGAAUAUUUCCAGCUACUGAAUGUAAGCGUUUACAUCUUCCAAGCUUUCCUCCAUGAUGAAACAAAAGGAUAUGAUUGGGUUGUUGGAUUUCAAAUCAAUAGGGGGUGCCAACUAAAGUAAGAUCGUACUAUUAUUACUGAAAUGUAUCAUUAGUCACACUACUAGUUACUGCAGAAAGUAAUAUUAUUACUGUAAUAUUAUUACUAGUAAUGCCUUACUGCCCAACAAUGCUGUUGAAAUAGUGGCAUGCACAAUAUGUGACCCAGGGGAACAAACUAUUGUUACAGUGUGACUGCUCCUGCUGCUCAAGGACAAACUUUCAGCUGUUACCCAACUGUCAGCCAUAAACAAAAAGCAAGCAUGAAUCAUCUGCACAUUCACAGCUACCCUACCAUUAUCCGGCUCCUCUUUCUCGUCUGGCUGCAUGUCAUCAUAAUGUACUUGAACUGUGUCACACGUCCGCCUGCUAUGUAUAGAGUCUGUUCUCAGAGCUGUGAAAAUAAGUAGAGAGUAGCGUAUCAGCUAGCAUCUGCUCUGGAUCGGGGCAUUCAUUCUCAUUGGCAGUAUGUGGUAAAACACCCUGGAAGAUCAACGUGUGGAUCAAACACUUGUGAGCAGUCUAGCUGGGAUGUCAUGCAGAUGAGGAGGUGAUGGAGUCCAGCAGCUGUCCACACUUCAUCCAGCAGCCAGAACUCUGUAAGCCACUGCACAGCCUAAGGGUCUACAUCGAUCACAGCUCUUUCAUUGUGGAUAAAACCGUUCUGGCUGAGAGCUGUGAGUACUUCAGAGCAUUGUUCCAGUCAGGAAUGAAAGAGAGCCAACAGGAAGAGAUCCACCUGCGAUGUGUUGGGGUUCUAGGCUUUCUGGUUAUGCUACAGGUCUUGAACGGGGAACGACCUGUACUGAACAGUGAUCAGAUUGUGGAAGCCAUCGAGUGUACUGCUUUUCUGCAGGUGCCAGCUCUCACCAGGCACUUGAUCAAUAUUGUCAAUUCUGAAAACUGCCUGCUCAUGUACCACACAGCUACCACCUACGGUGUGUGGGAGCUCUCCCACAGUUCUGCCUUAUUCAUCAGAGAUAUGUACACUGACCUGAAGGAGGAUGUUCACACCUUACCCAAAAAGCUGGUAGAGUACAUUGAGUCUCUUCUCCCGAGUAGCUAUAUGGCAGUGUGCAGCCACUCACCCUCAACUGAUCUGCUGCAGGAUCUCCAGAGAACAGUCUGUCACCUGGAUGAGGACAAUGGAGAGUGGAAGGUCCUGACACAUCUGCCAGUGAGCACAAGCACUACCAUGGCAGGAGUGGCCGUCCUGGACAACAUACUUUACAUCAUUGGAGGAGUACAUGACGUAAGCAAGAAGGUGGUAGAGGAUGGUUUCUGUUACAACCCUGCAGCUAACACAUGGUCCACCAUCUGUGGCCCCCAUCAGCUACGCUACAACUUGACUCUGAUAGGUCACGAGGGCUGCCUCUACACUGUAGGAGGCGAGUACAACAUGAAGACCCUGUCAUCUGUGGAGAGAUACAGAGUGUCUAAUCAAAGCUGGAGCUUUGUCUCCCCCCUACCCUGCCCUGCAGCUUCGGUGGUGUCUGCUAUAGCCACAAACAGGAUCUUUAUAUGUCUCUGGAAAGGUAAGGGGGCCACAGAAAUACAUGAGUAUGUGCCUGAACAGGACCUGUGGCUUCUCGUCACCACACUCAUCCGACAACACAGUUAUGGUCUUUAUAUGGUGGCCCACAAGGAUAAUCUGUAUGUGAUGCGCAAUGGACCCCGUGAUGACUUCUUACUGUGUGUAAUGGACUGCUACAACCUGAGCUCAGGCCAGUGGACAGCCAUGUCGGGUCAGUAUGGGAACUGUAAAGGCUCUCUGUUCACUGCUGUGGUUAGAGGAGACUCUGUGUUCACACUCAGUCGACAGGUGACAACAGAGUACACAGUACAAGAUUAUGCAUGGAGACUUAAGCGUGAAAUGAAAGGUUUUGGCAGGAUUGGAUCCAUAUAUACAUUUCUGAUGAGGCUGCCUAAAGCCACUGUCUCCCUAAUCGGAGAUUGUCCAGAUUGGACCCAGGACCAAAUCCUAACAGACCUUGGUCACAGAUUCUCCCCACAAUGCUCUGCUAACCUGUAAGAGUGUGACCUAAUGUGCUGAUGACUGAGCUGAUCCUUUACAAGACCAUUCUGAUUUAUUACCACAGGCAUCUAAUUUUCAUUCAUUUGGACAUAGUUCAAAGGUCAUGAAACAUCAGACACAAACGACUACUGUGUUUACAACCUAUCUGUUGUAAACAUCCAUCACAAUUUACAGAUCUAUUUCUGCUUCCACUUUGACCUACUGUACUCAGUGUAAAUGUAUGCAGUUUUCUCAUACAAUGAGGAAGUACUAGCUGCUUUCACUUUGGAGCCUACAACUGCAUUUCAUUGUGUAAACCCUGUAUUGUGACAAUAAAGCCAAAUCUUUCAGUUUGACAUCCAGAAAGAAGUUUGCAUAAUCUGGCUAAACUGUUGGCUUGCAUCUGAUUGUGUGACUGCUUGAACAUCUUUGUAGGAAUGUUACAGUGUUUGUAGAUUACAGUACAACAAUGAUUUGGAAACUGAUAGAAAUUAUAACCAAAACUAUUAAAAUAUCACCCAUUAAUAUUCAACAGGUCUGUUUUGGUGAUGUUACACUGAAAAAUGAAAAUCUGUUCUUUUAAUGUUUAUCACUGUUUAUGGGAACCAGUCUCUGAUGGACAUUGCUCCUGUUUUCACAGAAAACAAGUCUUGAAUAACGCAUUCUUCCCAGACGGAUUCUUUCAGGGAAACAAGGUUAAAUAAGACCAGAACACAGAAGAGAAAUGAGAGUUGAAUAAAAAUAAAAAAACAUUGUCUUGGUG